CGUCUGGAGUUCCUGGGCAUCACUCUUGAUUCCAUCGAGAUGAAAGCGUCCCUCCCUAUCGAAAAACUGCAGCGCAUCCGAGACAUCACAAAGUCUUUUUGCGUGUCCGAAAACAUAACUAAGCAGCAGUUACUCUCCCUCCUCGGCCAUCUCAACUUCGCCAUGCGCGUCAUCCCACAAGGGCGCUUUUUCAUCUCCAGACUUUUAGACAUGGCGCAUUCCGUGCCUCAACUACAUGAUCUCAUCUCCCUAGAUGAAGGGUGCCGCUCUGGCCUGCAGUUUUGGUCUCUGCUGCUCGAUCACUGGAAUUGCGUAACAUUCUUUUAUGAUGAGCUGGUGCACUCCUCCGAUGCACUUAACUACUUCACGGACGCAGCUCCAUCCAUGGGUUUUGGGGGGUUCUAUCAAGGUGAGUGGUUCGCAAACCACUGGCCUCCCUCCUUUUCCAAGCUCGAUUCGUCCUCAGCGCUUUAUGAGAUUUAUCCAGUCGCUGUAGCUUGUCAUGUCUGGGGCCAGCACUGGAAACGCAAACGCAUCACCGUUUUGUGUGACAAUAUUGCAGUUGUCGGCAUCAUCAAUAGAGGGCGCUCCUCCUCUAAAGAUAUCAUGCCUUUCAUGAGAAGCAUCACGUGGUCCUCCGUCAUUUACAACUUCAUCAUCACAGCCCGUCACGUGCCCGAUCAUUUCAAUUCACUAGCUGAUUCGCUAUCCCGCUUCAAAUUUCAGAAUUUCGGGAGCAUCUGCCCAGACGCCAACCCAGUACCAGUAUCAGUACCCCCUCUCCAAGCUCUUGCUCUCUUCUAA